GACUCUCCACUCUUUCAGACGACAGCAUGGCAUGUCAGAAGCCCCUCCUUCUUCUCCUCUGCGUGAUGAUCACCUUAACCGUCCACCUGUCCCAAGCUCAGCACUGGUCCCACGGCUGGUACCCUGGAGGGAAGAGAGAGAUCGAUCUGCCCCAGAGCCCAGAGGUCUCUGAAGAUAUCAAACUCUGCAAUGGGGAAGACUGCACUUAUCUGAAGAUCCCAAGAGAGAAGAUUGUGACCACUCUUCUGGCCGACUUGUUGGCAAAACACCUGCAGAAGAAGAAGUGAUCCCGUGCGUGUUUUGGAAAGCGUCGUGCGUCUGAACAAACAGCCCACCCCUCUUUGCCUUCAUGUG